CUUCUACAUGUAUUACACAACUUGAUUUUGAAAAUAUGGCAUGGGAGAGAGACGUCGAAUACUUGGCUAUUUGGAUGGCCAUCUCCAAAUAUGAUAAAAACAAAUUGCAAAUGAAUACAUUUUGUUCAAGUGUGGACAAAUCAUAAAAAUAAUGGAGAGCUUUAUUGAAUUUCUCCUGGUGAUGAAAAAAUUUCCUCCUCUUCAAGUGGUUAAUAAUCCAAGAAGAAUGAUCGCAGAGAGUAAUCGGUUAAUUGAGUCCGAGGAAAUAUAUUGCAGCGGAAUCAUCAGAAUUUUUUCUUGAUCAAUUUGGAUUACCGGAUGUAAAAAGGGAAAAAAAUCAGAUAAGUAAUUAGAGAAAACUAAGAGGUUAUGAACGAUAUAAAACACCGGGUUAUAGCUGGCAACAAGAGGUGUCAAUCAAAUCAAGUCGGACUGUACGGUCUCUCAGGGCUACUCCAUCAUGUCAGUCCCGUUAGCAGCCGGAGUGUCGGAUAUUGAACAGCCAUUUCGUGUUCUAUAUAAUGUCCAGAUGUAUAAUCCUUGGCUAUCAACACAUGGAUUCUUAACAGGAAUACUUCUAAUUGCUUUUUGAAAUCUGAUUAUUUUCUCUUAUCUUCAAGUGGUGUCUUACACGGAUUAUGAUGGUUUCUUAUGUUUUCAUUGAUAACAAGAUAAAGGAGUUCGAUCGUGUGGAUUCUGAAGACGACAUUUUGGGAGAAUACCGAGAGGAAUGUAAAAUCGAAGCCGGAUGUUUACGGAAAAGAACCGGGUUGGAGAAAUGUUGCGGUGGUUUCAUCAUAGUCCUCCUUAUUGUAACUCUUGCCUUAAUUAUUGCGUUAGCACAACGAAAAUCUGGACCAGACCCUCGAUUUGUAUGUGAAACCAAAGAAUGUAUACUAGCAGCGGGUUCUAUACUGAAGUCGAUGGACCAGUCCGUAAAUCCGUGUACCGACUUUUACAAGUAUGCGUGUGGAGGGUGGGAACGGGACACGCCCAUCCCUCCCGGCUACUCCAUGUGGGACCGGAUACAGGAACUGUCAUAUAUCAAUCUCCAUCACCUCAAAGGCAUUCUGGAAAAACAGGGUAGUUCUGUAAAAUAUGAUUCCGGAAAGAAAACCAAACAGUUUUACAAGAGUUGUAUGUCGGAGAGCCGACAGAAGCGAUCUCAGACGUUAGCGGACUUCACGGACCUCAUCAGAAAUGUGUCAUCGGACGGCGACUUUAACCUUGCCGUGAUGCUAGAGAAGAUCCAUCUGCUGGACGCCUGGCCCCUCUUCACAGUGUCCGUCGGCCCCAAUGAAGUGUCUUCCGAGAAUGUCAAUGUCGUCAAAAUAGAUUAUGGUUAUACCCAGUAUCCAUUCCAAAGCUUUCCAAAACCGUCCGAAUCUCCCGCGACAGUGAAUACUGCGCCUCAAAAUAACAACGAAACCUCCCCUCCUCCGCCGACGUACCAGCGUUUGCAGAAAGGCACUCCGACCUACCUUAGCUGGGAUCUCAAUGAGAUAGUGAAAAAUUACAUGAGAGAAACAAAAAGGAUUCUAAAAGUGGUGUUCAACAAGACGGAAGAGGAAGCGGAAUCUCUAUCUCAGAAUCUGCUGGCACUGGAGAAAUACAUCGGAUGGACACGUGACAGUGAAGAGCACAGCCACAAUAGAUCAGCUACAUUCACCCUGACGAAAAUCAAAGACCUUCAGCAGAAAUGUCCCAUGCUAACAUGGGACCUGUAUUUGUUGAGAAUUCUCUAUAAAUCUCAAGUAACUAUCAACGUUGACACAGAAGUAGUGGUGCUACAUGAAUCAGGGCUGAUUAAGCUGUGCUCCUUGGUGGACUCCUACAUCAAAGACGCCAGCAAAACCAAUGUGUUAAAGCAUUAUUUGAUGGUGCACUUAGUGAGAUCUUUUGUGCCGUAUUUUGACGUCAGCACUUUCAAUGAUGACGAUGCUGAUAUCGAAGAAGAAAUAGAAAAUGAAGGGGAGCACUGGAGAAGAUGUGCCUUCUACACAAAUAAAGCAUUUGGUUUUGUGACAGGUGCAAUGUAUGUGAAUGAAACGCAACAAGCAGUGUCAGUUCAAAAGCUACAAACUCUAGUAAGAGAUAUAAAGAUAGCAUUCCGAGACUAUCUCUUGGACAAAAUCUGGAUGGACACAAGUACGAGGAGUCACGCAGAGGAAAAAAUAACUGAAAUGUUAGAGAAGAUUAGUUAUCCAGAUGAAAUCCUGAAAUCGCAUUUCCUCGAUCAAUACUACAAGGAGUUUGAGGUAAGCGAUGAUUGGUUCAAGAAUAUAAAGAAUAUGAAGACGUUUCAUGUCACAAAGAGCGUGGAGAUGUAUCAUAAAGUUGUAGAUCGACACAGCUGGAUGCAGACACCAGUAACGGUAGAAGCCGACUACUCACCCCAAAGAAACGACAUUAUGUUUCCUAUCGCCAUGUUUCAUCUUCCGUUCUAUUCUCCAAAUGGACCCCAAGCUCUUAAUUUUGGAGCGAUGGGCUCCAUCAUUGGACAUGAAAUAACACAUGCGUUUGAUAUCACAGGACGUCAGUAUGACAGUAAGGGGAAGCUGAAGGAAUGGUGGGAGCCGUACACGGCCUCUCUGUUUGAAAAGACCACGGGGUGUAUGAGAGAACAGUAUGACGGAUUCAAGCUUGACGGACUACAGAUAAAUGGCGAGAAAACACUGGACGAAAACAUAGCCGAUAAUGGAGGAUUACGCGCUGCUUACAUAGCAUUUCAAAUUUGGGAAAAUGAAAAUGGAAUAACGCCGAAUCUUCCAGGUGUGAAUUUGACAGAUAAACAACUGUUUUACGUUAGUUACGCUCAGAUGUUCUGUACUAAGUGGAAACGUUCGGGUUUACGGAAUUAUCUAUUAAGUGAUGACCAUUCCCCAGGGCCAUUACGUGUGAAGGGCACCUUGCAGAAUUCAAAUACUUUUGGAAAAGUGUUUGACUGUCCUUUCAUAUCAGAAUAUAGUCCACAAACUAAAUGUGAGGUUUGGUGAUAGUUGCGAGUGUAUCGACACAUUCCAUGUAUGGUUUGUCAAAAAUGGCAUCGUGUGGAUUGCAGUUCCGGGUUUUCAGGUGGAGGAAACAAAAAAGGCAGCGUUUUGCUUUGGUUCAGUAAAAUCUACGCUGGCUUAUUUAGUACCGACCAGAAAUGCAUGUAUUUCAAAAAUAGUAUAAGCUUGCACUUUAUUUUACCACACAUUGCACUCAAGUUUAAUUAUAUUUUUUUCAGAAUUUUAAAGCACAAUUAUGAAUAGAUUAGAAUAGUGUUUUACAUUUAUUGUGAGACAAGUGUUUAUAAAUCACUUGUUCUUUUUGUGUAUGUAUAAUUUUCCAUAAUUUAGUAUAGAACAUCAAUAAA